AUGAGCUGCGGUAGCUCCUCUCCCCUCUCCUCUUGUGUUCCUCUCCCCUCCCCCGCAGAGAAGGCCCUCACGCUCCUCCUGGCCAACAACUUCACAGCGCCAGCUCUGCUACGCCCCAUGGUCACUCGCUUCAUGCUGCCUCGCGAGGAGCUGGCUCUAGAAAAGAUGCGAAUGAAGGGAGGUGAGGCGGUGCAUGCACGAUUGCUGCAGGCAAUGAUUGAGUUCGCCGUCACGCCCAUUCUUUCCCCUCGCAUUCAUGCCUCUCGCCAACUACACGACCACAGGACGCUGGGAGACGCCCCCAUGGCAUUUGGGCUGGUGGAAUUCGAAUCCGCAUGGAACGCCGCCACCGAAGCCCGCCCUCUCUGCUUCGAAAGGCUCCUCCUCCCGGGGGUUCUCAAGGGGCAAGCAUUCCCGUCCCACCCCACCCAAGGCACCUUUCUGGACCGGCACCUGCGGGCGAAGCUAGGGUUGGAUCCGCCUGGGAAAGUGGAGUGGGGAAGGGAUGGGGUGCGAGGGUGGCGGCCGAGAGUGCUGUAUAUUACACGCUUGGGGGCCGAGUUGAAGCUUCGCCGCACCUUCCUGCCGGAGAGUCAUGAGGCGCUGCUGAGGCUGAUGGAGGAGCUGGGAUUGCAGGUUCGAACGCUAAACGAGGCAGUGGAGGGGAGUGCAGAGGGUGUGUUUCGCAGCUGGGAAGAUCGCAUGACCUUUCCAAGUCAACCUCUGGACAGUAACGAGGAUGACCCAGAGCUCAUACUCUUCAUUCCAUUCACAACCGAUGUGAAAAUCAAGAGCAUUGCCAUUAUUGGGGGAGCAGAUGGGACCAGCCCUGCCAAGAUGCGAGCCUUUACGAAUCGUGAGGACGUUGAUUUCUCUGUGGUUAAUGAUCUGACUGCAGUGCAGGAAUGGGAUCUAACUGAGAACCUUCAAGGCGAGCUCGAGUACACCACCAAAUUCUCCAAGUUCCAGGGCGUGUCCUCUCUCACUCUCCAUUUUCCUUCAAAUUUUGGGGGUGAUUUCUCUCGGAUUCACUUCGUGGGACUCAAAGGAGAGGCCACUCAGAACAAUCGGAGAGCGGUGGCUGCAGUUGUGUACGAAGCACAGGCCAACCCCAGUGACCAUGAGUAA